AUGGCGACGACCGAGGGCGACCAGAAGCUCGACAAGAGCACUCCGGAGGGCGCCUGGAAGAAGCUGCUGUCUGCCCAGGAGUACCACAUCCUGCGCGAGAAGGGCACUGAGCCCGCCGGCUCUGGGCAGUACAACAAGUUCUACGAGCAGGGCACAUACGUGUGCGCAGGCUGCGGGACCCCCCUCUACGAGAGUGAGACAAAGUUCAACUCGGGAUGCGGGUGGCCUGCCUACUACGACAACCUGCCGGGUGCUGUUGAGCGCCACGAGGACAGGGCCUAUGGCAUGAUCCGCACGGAGAUCACAUGCGCCAACUGCGGGGGCCACCUGGGCCACGUCUUCAAGGGCGAGGGCUUCCCCACGCCGACCAACGAGCGGCACUGCGUCAACUCCGUGUCUGUUAAGUUCAAGCCCAAGGAGUGA